UCGCCGGCCUGCGCAGAGACCGGUUGUGUGUUGCAGUCGGUCCUCUCCUGUGUUGAGCUUCGCGAGACUUGUGUGCGAAGUCGCGCCCUGACGAAGAUACCCGACUGACCAAAAAAAAUUGCGGAUUCUCUCCCACCUGUUGGAUUCUCAGCGAGUACUGCUGCCCCUCUGUGUUUGUGUUGUGUGUCCCUUCGCUCGUCGAGGAUAAUUUUUUUUCUAAGACCACGUAUUUUUGGGAACGUGUUGCUUCUCGUGAAAAAUCGACGCCUGUGGUUCCUCUCUGAGAGGGAACAGCACUGUGGGCUCAGCGCGACGAAGGCAGUUCGUCGGCGGGCGGUGUUGGGGUGUUUGUGCCACGACUUGACUGGUCAUCACGUGGGAUCUCGUCUUGGAAGACCCCGGAUUUGAACUUUCAAUUUUUCGGUUUCACUGUCGUGCUGCUGCGUCUUCCGCGGCGGCGUCCUGAUCGACGACCCAUGAUCGCGAGGACACCCCCGACGUUUGCCCAGCGGCGGCGACGGUGAGGACGGCGUCGCCCGCGAGUUGUGCGCGGCGGCGAUGCUCCGGCCGCGCCAACGACGCCGCUGUGCCAGCGGCCGGCACGGCGCGGCAGCUGCCACGGCCGCCAUGGCCCUCCUCAGCCUGCCACCGCUACUGCUGGCCAUGCUCCUGCACGCGGCCGAAGCGGCCAGGCUCGUGUCGUCCGCUGACGACGGCGUGGUGGCCUCGUACCGGAGCUACAACGAGAGCGUCAACUUCACGCACCUGGUGCUGGACAGGACGGGCGGCCGCCUCUACUUGGGCGCCACCAACCGCCUCUACCAACUGGACGCGGCCAGGCUGCAGCUGCAGGUGGACCUGGAGACGGGACCCGUCCAGGACAGCGUGCAGUGCUCGCCCGCAAGCUGCGACGGCUACCCCACGGUGCCCACCAACAACGUCAACAAGGUGCUGCUGAUCGACCCGGUGGCCCAGAAGCUGAUCGUGUGCGGCAGCGCGCGCCAGGGCGCCUGUCAGCGGCACUCCCUCUCGGACGUGGCCGAGAAGGAGCCGCUGGUUCCGACGCCCGUGGCCGCGAACGACGAGAACUCGUCCACCUUCGCGCUCAUCGCCCCAUCGCACUACUACGGCCGCGACUCCCGCGCCCUGUACGUGGCGACCACCAACAGCCGCCAGGGCCCGUACCGGGACAUGGUGCCGGCCAUCUGCACCCGCAGCCUGGAACCGGAGUCCGAGCGGUUCCGCAUCAUCGAGCAGAGCUUCUCGGAGACGGCACGCAUAGACAUGGCGCACCACAUCAAGGACUACUACCUGGUGCGUUACGUGUACGGCUUCCACACGGACGAGUACGUCUACUUCGCCACGGUGCAGCGAAAGAGCCACCUGCGCGCCUCCGAGGAGCUCGGCUACAUCAGUCGGCUGGCGCGCGUGUGCACGUCCGACCCCGGUUACAACACGUACACCGAAGUGACUCUGCAGUGCGUCGGUCGCGACGGCACCGACUACAACUUGCUCCAGGACGCCGUGGUGUUCGACGCCGGCGACGACCUGAGUCGCGAGCUGCGCCUUCCCCUCGGUGGGGGCGCAAGGAGGCGCCGUGUGCUCGCGGCCGUGUUCGCCCUCUCGCGGGACCACACGGCCCGGUCGGCCCGUCGCUCGGCGUUGUGUCUCUACCCGUUGAGGGACGUAGAGCGCCGCUUCACCGAGAACAUACACAUGUGCUACAACGGCAGUGUCCUGACGCGCAAUAUGGAUUACAUCGCCGGAAGCGUCCAGAGUUGCCCGGAGCCGGGGCAGAGCGGCAACGUGCUGAGCUUCUGCAACGAGACGCUGAAGCUGAACGGCAGCUCUCCCAUCUCGCGUGCCGCCAGCGCCGUGUUCGAGAACCUGACGCUGACGUCGGUCGCGGCUGCCGCCACGCCGCAGCACAGCGUGGCUUUCCUCGGCUCCGACAGAGGGCGCCUCAAGAAGAUGUUCCUGACGAGUCAGGGCCGAGCCGAACAGUUCGAGGAGGUGACCAUCGACGACGGAAACCCCAUCUUGCCCGACAUGGAAGUCGACAAGACGGGACACUUUCUCUACGUGGCCUCGCCUUACAAGGUCAGCAAAGUCCGCGUGGAUCGCUGCCAGCAGUACAACACGUGCGACCAAUGUCUUCAGGCCAGGAACCCCUACUGCGGAUGGUGUUCGCUCGAAAAAAGGUGCACGGUGCAGUCGGAGUGUCUGAACGCGUCCGCUGGCGCCGACCAGCGGAGCUCGUCGCGGUGGCUGUCGCUGGACACGCAGCAGUGCAUCGACUUCCAGUCCAUCGCGCCUGAGAAGCUGCCCCGCUCGGCCACGACCACCGUGGAGAUCGCCAUCAACCAGUUGCCCCAGCUGCCCCGCGGCGCCCACUACGAGUGCGUGUUCGGACACAGCGCCCCGAUCCAGGCGAGGGCCACGCAGCACGGACUCGCCUGUUCCACGCCGGCCGUUCCCGACAGGCCACCCAUACCCGCCGGAUCGGAUCACGUGGACGUGACGCUGUACAUCCGGUCCAGCGAAACGAACACCGACUUCCUGCACAGACCGUUCACGUUCUACGACUGCUCCGUCCACAAAACAUGCUCAGCGUGCGUGACGAGCGCCUUCGCCUGCAACUGGUGCUUCAGCGAGAACACCUGCACGCACAACGCCACCUCGUGCUCCAGGAACGUCAUCAGCGGAGAGAACAGUCCGCAGAACUCUCUGGUGAAAGGACGUCAGCACUGCCCGAGCUUCGGCGCCGACUCGUCCCUGCUGCUGGCCAACGGGGUGCGCACCGAGGUCGCUGUCGAGGCGAGAAACCUGCCCAGCCCAGCGGACAACUUCCACUGCGUGCUGGACAUCGAAGGCAGGCGGGAACGGGUGCAGGCGAGGUUCGUCAACAACAAGAUCAUCUGCUCGCAGGCCGUGUACACGUACCAGAGUGAGAUCCCCGAGCAGCAAGGAACGCUGACGGUCCUCUGGAACGGUAACACCUUCAUCGGCAAGACGAACGUGACGCUCUACAAGUGCCAACUUCUGGGCAGCCACGGAGGGCGCGCUGACUGCUCGCUGUGCCUGACACGUGACCCGAAGUACCGGUGCUCGUGGUGCGGAGGCGUCUGCGCCACGGCCGACUCGUGCGACCAGCCCGUCUCCACCACCUGCCCGCCGCCGCGCAUCGACUGGAUUCAUCCUUUGAGUGGGCCCAUCGAAGGUGGAACGCAGGUUACAAUUGAAGGGAGCAACCUGGGAACAAGCCAGGAGGAGAUCUACGAUAAGAUCAAGAUUGGUGGAAUCCCUUGCAUUCCCACUGAAUACAACGUGUCAGUGAGGGUUGUCUGUAGGACCGGAGCAAGUGGGUCACCGCUCACGGCAGACGUGGUCGUUGGGAACCGUGCUGGCAUCACGCAGGCAAAGGAGAAGUUCCAGUACCGACAGGUUACGGUGCGCGAUCUUCAACCUCGCACGGGACCCCAGUCUGGAGGCACCCGUCUCUACAUCAGUGGAUCGAACCUCAACGUUGGCAGCAACCUCACUGUGUACCUCGACAGCCUCCCAUGCACCGUGGACAAAACAUUGGCCAGCAACAGCCAGAUCUCGUGCAAAACCAGCAAGGCCACUACACCAAAGUACAAUGUUUCUUACCUGAUUCUAAAGAUUGACAAUGCCACCCUGAGUAUACCAAGCCCUUUCAACUACUCGGAAGAUCCAACCAUACUCAAGAUAUCACCACUCAAAAGCUUUGUCGGUGGUGGUCGUAAUGUGAUGGUCACAGGUAGCAACCUUCACGCUGUCCAGCAGCCACGAAUGGCCGUCUUUUACGAUAACCAAAUACUUAACGAAACGGUGUGCGAAGUGCUGUCACCUUCCCUGAUGUCCUGUCCAUCACCACCCAUCAAUGCCGAAGCCUACAGACAGCUUCCCAGCAGUGACAGGCAGAAGAGCCUGGGCAAGGACAACCGCAUCGCAGGUGGGAGUCACACGGGUCUCGGCACAAGCUACAACAACGACCAAGACGCUGGCGGCCACCGGGACGAGUGGCGCUUCCGCAUUGGCUUCGCCAUGGACGACGUCAGCAGUGUGCUUGAGCUGCCCCGAACUUUCCCGCUGCUUCACUCCGACCUGGUGUAUGUGCCGAAUCCACAGCUGCAUCGCUUCGAAGGUGAAGGCGUGAAGCUCUACAAGGGUGAACUGCUUGUCAUUGAGGGCAGCAACCUUCGCCUGGCCAGUACAGAGUCAGAAGUAAACGUGACCAUAGGGACGCAGCCAUGCAACAUCACUUCUCUGGCCAUGAACCAACUUCUUUGCUUGCCACCUGAAGUCCAGCCAUCCGGCACAGAUGAGUUGGGCCGUUGGACUGACAAUGGACUUCCAAUGGUUGUGGUUCGCAUUGGCAGCAACCUUCGUUAUGAGGUGGGCUUCAUGCGCUACGAAGUGGCCAAGACCUACACCUUCCCACCAGAGGCUGUCGCUGGCCUUGUGGCAGGAGCAGUGGCCAUGGUGCUUCUGACUGCCGUGAUCCUGCUCGUGCUGCGACACAAGAGCUCCCAGGCAGAGCGGGAAUACAAGCGCAUCCAACUCCAGAUGGACGACCUCGAAAAGAGUGUUCGGAUUGAGUGCAAGCAAGCCUUCGCAGAGCUACAGACAGUUGUCACUGACCUAACCAAUGAUCUUCAGUCGGCUGGCAUCCCUACGUUAGAUCAUCGGUCAUACAUCAUGAAGGUGUUCUUCCCAGGCGUCUACGAGCACCCUCUACUUCAAGACAACAAGGUUUGCGCUGUGUCAAGAACAACUGGCAUCUACAGCAACUAUGAAGUGGCAAUGUGCCAGUUCGAGCAGUUGAUUCUGAACAAGAGCUUCCUCGUGACCUUCAUCAACACUUUGGAGAGCCAGAAGUCGUUCACCAUUCGUGACAGGGUGAAUGUGGCCUCUCUGCUGAUGAUUGUCUUCAUGGGGAGGCUGGAGUACGGAACUGAUGUGCUGAGGACAUUGCUACUCCAGCUGAUUGAGAGAUCCGUGAGCAGCAAGCACCCGCAGCUAAUGCUCCGGAGGACCGAGUCGGUUGUCGAGAAGAUGCUGACCAACUGGCUGGCACUGAGCAUGUACGACUACCUGAGGGACUACGCAGGCAGCUCGCUGUUCCUCCUCUUCAGUGCCAUCAAGCACCAGGUCGAGAAGGGGCCCGUGGACGCCGUAACGUAUGACGCACGUUACUCCCUCUUCGAAGCACGGUUGCUGCGAGAGCAGAUCGACUACGAAGUUGUGACCAUACAGGUGAUACAAGAGGACCAGGAUGAGAAGAUUCACUGCAAGGUCAAUGACUGUGACACUAUUAGUCAAGUGAAAAGCAAAAUACUCGACACGCUGUACAAAAAUACUCCCUUCUCUCUGAGGCCAUCCAUCCACGAUGUUGAUCUUGAAUGGCGGAACGGCAGGAGCGGUCAUCUCAUUUUGGCUGAUGAGGACAUGACUACAAAGACUGUCAACGGCUGGCGACAGAUCAACACCCUGCGGCACUACAAUGUUAAAGAUUCUGCUGUCAUGAGCCUAGUCAUCAAGCAGAAUGACAGCUUCAGCUCGAACUGCAAUGUCUCGCUGAACUCCAUGUCUCCCAUAGUGUCUCACUGCGAGCUUGAGCAAGGCAUCAAGUACUGGCAUCUAGUCAAGCCAGAGGACGAGACAAUUGGCCAGCCAAAGGACAUCUACCACAAGGCCAUUCCAGAAAUCUUCCUCACCAGGCUGCUUUCCACUAAGGGCACUGUGGAGAAGUUUGUUGAGGACUUCUUCAAGACCAUUCUGACCGUGAAUGAAGCCCUGCCACCAGCCAUCAAAUGGUUAUUCGACCUGCUCGAUGAAGCCGCACACAGACAUGGCAUUGUUGACCCAGAGGUGCCCCAUGCUUGGAAGAGCAAUUGCCUGCCUCUGCGCUUCUGGGUGAACUUCAUCAAGAACCCUGACUUCAUCCUGGACGUCCAGAAGAGCCCCAUCAUUGACUCCUGCCUGUCUGUGAUCGCCCAGACACUGAUGGACGCCUGCUCGACCUCAGAGCAUAGGCUCGGCAAGGACUCACCGUCCAACAAGCUGCUGUUUGCACGCGACAUCCCCAAGUACCGGCGCAAGGUGCUGGAGUUCUACCAGGGUGUUGCCCUCCAGCCCAAGGUCACAGAUCAAGAGAUGUGCGCCGUCAUGCAAGCACUCUCUCUAGCACAUUCCUCCGAAUUCGAGCCUUCAGGUGCUGUCAAAGAGCUCUACGUGUAUGCUGCAAAGUACAGAGAGCAGGUUCUCAUGGGGCUUGAAGGCGACUUACACUGCCGGAAGCUACACCUGUCGCACAAGCUGCUAAAUGUGGCGUGCACUCUCGAAGGUGAACAGACUUCAGUGUGUUGAUAGCGACCGAUGCCUGCUCUAUGCAACGAACGCAAGCAGAAUAUACCACGAAGCAGCUUGUCAGGGAGCCAGCUACGACUACAGAACUUUGCGUGUGUCGGGACGCAUCAGCAGUGCGCGCGUGUGUGUGUGGGUAUGUGCAUCCGUGUUGUCGUUUCUGUGUGUGUGUAUGUGCCCAAAACUUUCUUCACAUUUAUUUAUGAGCUGCAAGAAGAAGAUAGAGAGACUGUUUUUUCCUAGAGCACACGAGAGGACUCUCCGCCACUCCUCGUCAUCAUCUUUGAGUCACAAGAAGGAUGAGAGGACUGACCGACCAAACGCACAGGGACAGAGAUCACUCUUAAAACAUACACACACAAAAAAAAUUUCAGUUUUCGGAAGCAGGGUGUUCUUUGGUGCUGUGCAGCUCGCCACGUCGUCUGCAAGCGCCCUUCUAUUUAUAACUACAUGUGCCUCUGUGGAGAGAAGACACUACGGACCACUGAAGGUGUGCUGCCACCUCGUGUUGUCGUCUGACCGCAAGGAGCCGGCCAAUCGGUGCGGGGAACGACGACCGUGUCUGGAAGCGUGAAAUAAUCGAGGCGAGGUGCACGCCUUGCACGCGCCGUACUUGUCGAAGCUAUUUUUAAAUGUGCGAAACUCCUCCCCCAUUGUACUCGUCGCAAUUGAGGGCGGUGCGGGCUGCCGCAGUUGUUGUUCAUCACACACCCGUUUUUUGUACAUUUUGUAUAGUAGCGCCAUUUUUUGAAUAGUUUGUUUGCGUGGUGACAAGCGCCAGCCAUGAGGAGAGCAUGCUUGAUCAUUGUUUGAGACUGCCAGCAUUGCCCAUUCUAAGUCACACUUCAACUUUUUUUUUCUUAGCUUCCUCCUUUUUAAAAAUAUGUGUGUUUUAAUAAUCCUGCAUCAAUGCUCUCAGCCGUUGGCAUGCAAAUGCAUCGAGGACAGUCUGCUCCAUUUCCAAGUGUCACAAAACUGGGCAGACUCAAAUUUACUUAGCAGUUCUUUAAAAAAGAAACAGUUGUAAAUGUGUUUUAAUAUAUAUACGCUGUACCUGUUAAUGGCAUUACAUAUUAGUCCAAGAGCUACUACUUAUAACUGCGGAGUUCCGUUCAUUAGAAUUUUAUUACAUAAUUCGUGUCUGUGAGCAGACUGCGGACUACCCCUACAAUUGGGUCUUUGCGGUACAGAAAUUAUUCAUUGAAUCAAAAAUGAAAAAAAGAGAUAUCUGCUGCCUACUCAAAUGUUAUUCCCAGUGUCGUCAACACUAAGGUUACAUUUUUUAUACCUUUUUUCUCUUUGCUGGGAGUUCUCUGUGUAAAUAAAUGUGCUGCAGUGGUUGAAUAUAUGAAAGGUGCUGAAGCUGUUUGUGAAGCAUCACUGCGGUCAAAAAGUAACACCUAUGUUUUCGUGAAAAAAAAAAAAAAUUCUGCGACAACUUGUGGAAUAGUUGUUUUGUGUGAGUACAUGUUUUGCCUGUGAUACACCGAUCUCGCGUAACAUACCCGGAGAAAAAAAGAUCUGCAUUGGAACCUCGUCGGUUUCCUAAAUAUGCCAUUGCUUUUCUCCUCUCGAGUUUCAACUUCCCUUCAGUUGUGUCUUCAGGAUAUCUCUUGUGACCUCUUGAAGACAAAAAAAACCUGCUACUUUGACCUAAUUAGUUAGGAUACGCAUGUAGAAAGGUCAGGGGCACUGCCGGACUUGUGGUUGAAAACAGAUCUAGCGUAUAAUGUAUAUUUUUAAUGCACAUUUUGUCUCAGAGUAGUGGAAUACAAAUUAGUAAAAUUUUUCUGUGAAGUCACUAUUACUUUCUGGCAUGACCAUUAAUAACAGGGGUGGCUAGACAAAUAUAUUGAAAUAACCACAAAAGAAGUUCACCAUAUGAGUUGUAUGGUAAAGCAAUGAACUGCAUGGCUGUAAUGCCACAGGCUGCUUUUUUUUUUCUCCUUGUGCUCCUUGUUGAAGAACAUCCGCCAUGGUGGUACAGUGGUUACGGUGCUCGGCUGUUGACUGAAAAGUCGAGGGUUUGAUCUCGGCCGUGGCAGUCAGAUAUUGAUGGAGGCGAAAUUUUAGAGGCUGGUGUGCUAUGCGAUGUCAGUGCACGUUGAAGAACACCAGAUGGUCGACAUUUCCGGAGCCCUCCACCAUGGCGCACCUCAUAAUCAUAUCGUGGUUUUGACAUGUAAAGCCCCACAUAUUAUUAUCGUUAUGUUAACUUUAAAGAACAAGUUUGCUAAUGGCACAGUGCAACUGCAUGUAUUUAAAUGGCAGUAGAGUGACAGUCUGACAUAAAAGCUAGCAGUGGGCUGCAAGCGUGUAGUGCAUUCAAGAAGAGCUGCCUGUGGCACACCGUGCAUGUUCUGAGCACCCCUGACUUAAAAUAUUCACUUAUUUAUGGUUCUAUGCUAGCAAUUUCAGUUUUUGUACAUAUUUCUUCUUAUAGUGCUUUGUCGAGGUUUCAAUGCAGAUUGUUGAAAAAUCAACUUGGUUGAAUGGUGAGAAGGUAGUUACUUGCGUGAGACAAGAAAGAAACUCUGCAGGCUAUAUCUUAGAGGUGUGUGUUCAACCGUUACAGCAUAUGGCACUGGGAGCCGCCGUGGCAUUGUUUCUGUCAUAGCUGUCAAGCAAAACAGGCUUCUGCACUGUUCGCCAAUUUGAUUGAGGAAUCAACAGCUGGUCCAACUACCUACGGUCAUAUUUUUGAUACUGGCCCUCCCCUCGCCGUGAAGCUAAUGAGAGACACGAUGCAGAAGUGCUGUGCAGCUGAAGCGCUUUGUCGUGUAGCAUGUUUCUGUGCUCUGCCAAUAAAGAAAAA